CGGAAGGAAUGUAUGAGCUGGAAAUGCUGGUUAACAAAAUGAAAUGUUUAGAUGUGGAAAUGCUUGACGAGCCCAACAACCGAGUCCCCAUGUUCUGCAUGGUAACCCGAAUGAGAGACCAUACAGGAUGCAUUCCGUGUGUGGUUCACAAAGAAAGAGGACAAGGCAGCACUCUUACCAGAAAAUCCAUGUUCAAAGACAGGCACUGGCCAAACAAAAGGAUUGGGCUCCCCCUGCAAACCGGACUAACAGGGCCAAACGACAAAGUGAAUUACAUCCCUCUGAGCUCUGCGGCAGCGCGCCGGAGGCAGGGGCGGCCGCGGACGCCGCAGCGCCACCUCGCAGACAGCUCUGUCACUGGCCGUGCGCCUGCCCUCGGCGGAAGCCCCGCUGCCCGCCCGGGGUCAGCUUGCUGCGGGACGGCUGCGGCUGCUGUAAGGUGUGCGCCAGACAGCAGGGGGACGUCUGUAAUGAAGCCGACCUCUGCGACCCCCACAAAGGGCUCUACUGCGACUACUCGGCCGACGGGCCUCGGUUCGAGACCGGGGUGUGCGCGCACCUUCUAGCUGUGGGAUGCGAGUUCAACAGGGUACAUUAUCGUAAUGGCCAAGUCUUUCAGCCCAACCCCCUGUUUAGCUGCCUCUGUGUGAGUGGGGCCAUUGGAUGCACACCUCUGUUCAUACCAAAGCUGGCUGACAGUCGCUGCUCUACGGCUAAAGGUAGAAAGAAGUCUGAUCAAUCCAACUGUGGCCUGGAACCAUUCCAACAGCAGCUUUCAACAAGCUACAAAACAAUGCCAGCUUACAGGAAUCUCCCACUUAUUUGGAAAAGAAAAUGUCUUGUGCAAGCAACGAAGUGGACCCCUUGCUCCAAAACAUGUGGGAUGGGAAUAUCCGAUCGGGUCACCAAUGAAAAUAGCAACUGUGAAAUGAGAAAAGAGAGAAGACUGUGUUAUAUUCAACCUUGUGACAGUAAUAUAUCAAAGAGAGUAAAGAUCCCCAAAGGAAAAACAUGCCAACCUACUUUUCAACUCCUCAAAGCUGAAAAAUUUGUCUUUUCUGGAUGCUCAAGCACUCAGAGUUAUAAACCCACUUUCUGUGGAGUAUGCUUGGAUAAGAGAUGCUGUGUCCCUAAUAAGUCUAAAAUGAUUACCAUUCAAUUUGAUUGCCCAAAUGAAGGGUCAUUUAAAUGGAAGAUGCUGUGGAUUACAUCUUGUGUAUGUCAAAGGAACUGCAGAGAUCCAGGAGAUGUAUUUUCUGAGCUCAAGAUCCUAUAAAACCUAGUAUAUAUGGGAAAAGUUAAGUUCAGAUAUUUACUGAAUGCCUACAAUGUGCCAGGCACUAUUCUAAGUGCAAGAGAUCCAGCAGUGAACAACAAAAAUUUCUACUCUAAUGGAGCUUACAUUCGAUCUUGGGUAUGUGACAGCAAGAAGAAUAGAAGAUUCCUUUAGGGAAUGG